AUGCGACGGGCUGAACGGGAACUGGUGGUGCUGGUGGUGCUGGUGCUGGUGGCAGCGGUAAUGGUGGUCGUGGUCGUGGUCGUGGUGGUAUUGAUGGAGAUGUGUGGAUUCGCCGUCCACAACGAUUGCCGUCGUACCACGGGAGCGACUUUGAUGAAAUGGGGAGAAAAAGAUUGGGCGGUGAAAUGUCGCACGGCGGAGGUGACGAGGAUGGUGGUGCUGCUCGACUCUCGACGAAGGAAUGAUGACAGGAAUACGAUGGCGCAUGUAAGGACUGGACUCCAGCUCGCUCACAUCCUCCCGAUUGCUCAUUUACACGUCGAGGAUUCAAAAAGAUCGGAAUGA